UAAUUAAUUGUUUGUAGCAUAGUAAUCAUUGUUAAGCAAUGGAUUGGAAGAAAGUGAAGCCAUACGUUUGUGUAAUAAUCCUACAAUUAGGUAACGCAGGUUUUAGUAUAGUUGCCAAAGCUGCUCUAAACCAAGGAAGCAGCCAUUUCACAUUUUCAGUCUACAGAAACGCUUUCGCAGCUGCUAUCUUCAUUCCUUUAGCCUUGUUUCUAGAGAGGAAAACAAGGCCAAGAAUCACUCUCUCCACAUUCAUCAAGAUCCUACUACUUGGCUCAAUUGACCCGGUGAUCGGCCAGAACGCCUUCUACGCCGGCCUCAAAUACUCAUCACCUACUUUCAUCUCAGCUAUGUGCAAUCUUCUGCCUGCUAUAACUUUUCUACUUGCUUGGAUUUUGAGGAUUGAGAAGGUGAAGUGGAAAGAUAUUCGCAGUCACGCGAAGAUUGUGGGAACGUUGAUCACCGUAGGCGGAGCGAUGAUGGUGACCCUCAUGAGAGGGCAUGUGAUAGAGCUGCCGUGGACGCAUAAGUCCACCCACACCAAUGGAAACGAGGGCGAAGAUCCCAUAAAAGGAGCUCUGAUGAUCACAACCAGCUGUUUAUGUUACUCCUCCUUCUACAUUCUUCAGGCAAUCACAUUGAAGGCGUAUCCAGCCGGACUUUCCCUCACAGCAGCCGCCUGCACGAUGGGAACAGUGAUUGGAACUGCGCUCACGUUAGGUGUAGAGAGGGGCAAUGCCGCCAUUUGGGCUCUCGGAUGGGACACUAAGCUAUUGGCUUAUGUUUAUGGUGGAAUAUUCAGUUCUGGAUUGGGUUAUUAUCUUGCUGGAGUGGUGAUAAAUGCAAAAGGGCCAGUUUUCCUGACAGCAUUCAGUCCUUUGAGCUUGGUCAUCGUCGCAAUUAUGAGUUCUUUUAUAUUUGCGGAGCAAAUGAGAGUCGGAAUGGUUAGUGGAGCUGUUGUGAUUGUUAUUGGGUUGUACAUGGUGAUAUGGGGUAAAACAAAGGAUCAUAAAGAGGCAGAAAAAAUUCAGCUGCCACAUUUACACAAUAAAUCAUCAUCAAGCUUCAAGGCCACAUCAACUGCCAGAUCAGAUGAACCAAUAUCAUCCCCUAAUGUUGUCUAGUGUUAAUUAUUAUAAUGCUCAUAUCACUCUUUCAUAAUAAUAUAAUGUAAGUGUGUGUAUAGAUAAAAGUGCAACACUAGUACUGUUGAUUCUUAAAUAGUGGGGAUGGAAUUAUUUGUCAUUUAUGAUGAGAUCAAUCAUACGAUCAGAUUGAAUA